GUUUCAGUGCUGUGCAGAGAGUUUGUUUUUGUCCAUAUCCUUGAGGGUGGCUGUGCCUGUUUCUGGGGCUCCAUUAGUGUUGGAUAAGGAGGCUGGUGAUUGCAUUGCCUGUGACAGGAACUCAUCCCCCAAGUGUAAAGGCCCUUUCCUUUGUGCCUAUAGGUCUCUUGCCUGCCUCACUACACCAGAGCCUUCCUAUCUGCACAGCCAUGGUCUGGAAAAGGCUUGUUUCCAGCAAUUUUUCCGACUGCCCCAAUGGAUCCCGACAGUGGAUAUGGGACUUGUUUGGCGAGUGUGCUCAGGACGGCUGGGAUGAGGCCAGUGUGGGCCUGGGCCUGAUCUCCAUCCUCUGCUUCGCUGGAUCCACCUUUCCCCAGUACAUCAAGGCCUGCAAGACAGGCAACAUGGAUCAAGCCCUGUCACUGUGGUUCCUCCUGGGCUGGAUUGGCGGUGACUCCUGCAACCUCAUUGGCUCCUUCCUCGCGGAUCAGCUGCCACUGCAGACCUACACAGCGGUGUAUUAUGUCCUGGCUGACCUGGUGAUGCUGUCCCUGUACUUUCAUUACAAGUUUAAGAAUCGCCCUUCUCUGUUAUCCACACCCAUCAACGUUAUGCUCCUGUUCACCCUGGCCAUGACCUGUGCUACCCCAAUGAUGAGCAUCCCCCACCCCAGGACUGCCCCAAGUGAUGGCUUCUGGAGCCGCAGGCUCCUAUCUGUGGAGCCAGGUAAUAAGCCCUUCACUCGGAAGGAGAUUAUUGGCUUCGUCAUUGGCUCAAUCUCCAGUGUUCUGUACCUGCUUUCCAGGCUGCCGCAGAUUCGCACCAAUUUCCUGCGGCAGUCUACCCAGGGGAUCUCCUAUUCGCUGUUUGCGUUGGUCAUGCUGGGGAACACGCUGUACGGGGUGAGUGUACUGCUCAAAAACCCUGAGGUCGGCCAGAGCGAAGGCAGCUAUGUGCUGCACCACCUGCCCUGGCUCGUGGGCAGCCUGGGAGUCCUGCUUCUCGAUACCAUUAUCUCUAUCCAGUUCCUGAUAUAUAGGAACAACAACAACACCACCGCUGCCACCUCCUCGGAGCGCCGGCCUCUCCUCCCCAGCUGAUGGGUACCUGGGUUGCCCAGGAUGACAGUGACCUCCAGAUGCUGCACCCAGGCAGGGGCUAGUGUGUCAGUAGAGGUGCUGCGGCCGAGAACUGGACUACCCUGCCAGGUUGGCACUGCACUUCUCCCAGUGCCCCAAAAGCCUUCCAUGCACCAGGCUGGUCCCAGGCAGUUUCUGUGCUGUUCUGGCCCUCAUGCUGGCAGGCAAUGGCACAGACACCAGAGCGUGCACCCCACCUACCUCAUUCCACCUGCCCUUCAGGAGGGCUCAGCUUGUCCCUGGACUCUGAAAAAUAGUAAAUGGUAUUUCCUGCCAGCCCUUUUCUCGCCCUUUCCCCAAGCUCAGGGCAGCUCAGGGCACAGCAGCAGGAAGGGAUCUGGACUCUACCUUUGAAAUCCUAGGUGGGUUACUGAGCGGGAGAGUACUUGAGACUGUCUGGCAGCUCUACCCCAUCCCUGCCUUCUCCCCAACCUGUGUCUGUCUCUGAGACUGACUCUGUCUCCAGUGACGGUGAGAAUAUGAACCAUCAGGCCUCU